CACCCUUUGUGGUCUAGGGGCUGGGUGGCAUGUGGCAUUUCAGUGUCAGCAGCUUCCUUCCUCGUGUGCCAUUGCUUUGUCCUGGCCCAGGACUCAGCAUUUGCCAGGACAAGGCCCCUGGGGAGAGAGGGCGUCUCCAUGUAAAGGCUGUAGUGCCUCAAUCCCACCUAUGAUGUGCUCAGGCACAAGGGCCGGGGGGCAGGGAGGGUGGACAUGUGGACUCAGUUUCUCAGCCCAAAGAAUGGGCAGACUUAUCUAGCCACAGCUGAAUUUGUGCAGGACACUGGGAAUGUGGAGACCGUGGUUUUGCUAGUGAGUCAGGGAUGGCUCUGGAUUAUACCACAAGAACCCACUAGAGGCAGAAGUCUUGGACUUCCUCCCUCCUUGCUGGUCAGAGUAAGGCCUCUUUGGGCCCAUUCACAGAUGGGAAAGUUGAGGUGCAGACUAGUGCAGUGACUUGCCCACAGGCACACAGCACAGGGUGGAGCUGAGCUUACAGCCCAGGCUUGAUGCCCACAGGACAGACAAAGCCCUCGACUCUCUACCCACAAGGGCACCAGGAACACCAGGCCCCGAGUCCACAGGGCUCUCAGUUCACCCCAGGCCCAGGGAGGAAUCAUGCAAGGGUGUGGUCUUGUGUUUUGCCGUCCAAUAGAUCUGAGUUUUAGACCCACAGACCUGCCCCAUGACCUUGGGUCCUUGGGUGUGGCCGUCACCCUCUGGAGCAUCAGGCAACAGAGGGGAGGGGGUGACUGUGGGGUCUCCAAGCCAGGGUUGCCAUGGGUCCAGCUGCAAUCCCUGACAAUUGUCCCCAGACAAAAAGUGGGGAAGGAGACGAGGAUAGACAGCCGAGCUGGGGCCAGCCCAAGCCGGAGCACUAGUGGGCUCUGGAGGCUGCGACCAGUCAGGGCCAGGCCUAGAACACUCAUUCCAGGGGGAGAAAGACAGGGGGAGAGCCCACAGCAGAGCUGGCAGGUGGGACACACACACACAGGGGCUUGGUAGGGGACCGCCCCCACCCCGAGUUCUUGUCAACUUUAUCUCUUUGCUUCUGUAUAUGGGGCAAAAAGUGCAGAUUUUUAGAAAACUCAGGGAAACAGCACCUGCUGCUGGCAUGGACUAAACAGCAAGAUGAAGUGAAAAGAAAUGUUCCCACCUGCUCUAGCCUUGGAGGAAGGUGUGCCUUGGGGGCAAACUUCCAGGCCUCCCCCAGUGUCUCCUGUAGGCAGAACCAGCUGCUGGAACGCUGGAGCUCUCACAUGGGGUGUGGAUUCUUGGGUUCUCAAGCAGGGAUUCUUAACAAGUCAGGUUCCGUGCUCAGAACUUUCCAGGGUCUUUACAGAAAACAAACCCACGACGGAGCCUCAGAGAGGUGGUCCUGGUGGGCUGGAAUCACACAGCCCAACAGGAGGGCUUGCCCCUAGCCUGGCUGAUGGCAGAAUCAGCAGCGCUGUCUUUGUGCUGUGGAGUCUUGGAUUGGGGUCAAAAAAGUGCAAAUUGGGAGACAGGAAGGCUGAAAAGCAAGCAUCCUCUGAGCUGUUACCCGCACCAGCCCAGCCAGUGCCUGAGACUUCUGGGAGGGCAGCUCAGGUACCAACAGCAUCCGCUGCCUGGGUCAGCCCGGCUCCCUGAGAACGACUGGUGGGGUUGAAGGAGGGGCCACAUCGACCCCAGGGUUCCUGCAGCCCUGCAUCCCCCCAGUCUGUCUACCAGGGGCAAUCCCAGCACCGUUUCUGACACCAAGUCAGAGAUGAGCAAUCCCAGGAUCUGGACCAUCUCUUAAGGCCACAAAGGGAUAAGAUCAAGGCACACGGGGGUUUGCCCCCGCACCCCUGUUUGGCUGUGAUGGAACCCCCCAAGUCUACCCACUCUGAAUUAGAGAGGGGUGCAGUGAGUGGGAGAAGCAGAAGCCGCUUCCUCCUGGUCCUGUGGUUCCUACCGCAUCCCGACUGUCCCCGGUGACGGACACUCCCCACUUUCAUUGCCCCUACACCUUGGCAGGUCCUCCACUCUGCAUCCUGGGCUGCUUGGAGCUGAAGCGCUCAGGGCUGGAGCAAGGGGCUGGGAGGAGGGAGGAACAAUGGCCCCCUCCCCUCCGCGGCCGGCUGGAGGGUGGGGUCUCCCCGCCCCGCCUCCCCGCUCCUCCCCCGACAAGGCGAUGAGGUAAUCGCGCCGCUGAGAGGCACGCGCAGCCGGUGCCCAGCCUGGUCUGUCCCCGCGCCCCUGCCCCGCCGGCCGCCGCCCCCCGCACCGUCCAGGCUCCGGCCGCCCGGCCCCACCAUGACCGAGCGCUGCAGCCUGUGGAGCGCCCUGUCGGCCGCCGCCUGCUGCUUCUACCGCGGCUCCUUGGUGCAGGUGCAGUUCUCCAAGGAGAAGUACAUCCUUGAUUCCUCGCCGGAGAAGCUGCACAAGGAGCUGGAGGAGGAGCUCAAGCUCAGCAGUACCGACCUCCGCAGCCAUGCCUGGUACCACGGUCGCAUCCCCCGGGAGGUCUCAGAGACCCUGGUGCAGCGCAAUGGAGACUUCCUCAUCCGGGACUCGCUCACCAGCCUGGGUGACUACGUGCUCACGUGCCGCUGGCGCAACCAGGCCUUGCACUUCAAGAUCAACAAGGUGGUGGUGAAGGCGGGUGAGAGCUACACCCACAUCCAGUACCUAUUCGAGCAGGAAAGCUUUGACCACGUGCCUGCCCUGGUGCGCUACCAUGUGGGCAGCCGUAAGGCCGUGUCCGAGCAGAGCGGCGCCAUCAUCUACUGCCCGGUGAACCGCACCUUCCCGCUGCGCUACCUUGAGGCCAGCUACGGCCUGAGCCAGGCAGGAAGCAAGGCUGCCAGCCCCGCCAGCCCCUCCGGCCCCAAAGGCAGCCACAUGAAGCGGCGCAGUGUCACCAUGACUGAUGUCACCACCGACAAGGUCACUCGUGCUGAUGCCUGCCCCACCAGCACGUCCCUGCCCCACCCUCGGGACUCCAUCCGCAACUGCACGCUCAGCAUGGACCAGAUCGCAGACCUGCAUUCGCCCAUGACCCCCAUCUCCGAAAGUCCCGGCUCCCCUGCCUACAGCACAGUUACCCGCGUCCACACCACCCCUGCAGCCCCCUCCGCCACAGCCCUGCCUGCCUCGCCUGUCGCCCGGCGCUCCAGCGAGCCCCAGCUGUCCUCUGGAAGCACCCCAAAACACCGUGGGGACUCGGACAAGAGCUGUCACGCCAGCCCCUCCCACAGCCUCUGCAAGGCUUCGCCGUCCCCGUCCCUCAGCAGCUACAGCGACCCAGACUCUGGCCACUACUGCCAGCUCCAGCCCCCUGUCCCCGGCAGCAGGGAGUGGGCGGCGCUGGAGGCCUCCAGCAGGCAGGCCAGGAGCUACGGGGAGCGGCUGAAGGAACUGUCAGAACGCGGGGUGCCUGAGGGGGACUGGGGCAAGGCCUUGAGCGUGCCUGUUGUGGAAGCCACGUCCUCCUUCAGCCCAGCCACCUUCCAGUCCCUGCUGAUGCCCAAGGACAACAGGCCCCUGGAGGUGGGCCUUCUGCGCAAGGUCAAGCAGCUGUUGGCCGAGGUGGAUGCCCGGACGCUGGCCCGGCACGUCACCCAGGUGGACUGCCUGGUUGCUAGGAUACUGGGCGUUACCAAGGAGAUGCAGACCCUAAUGGGAGUACGCUGGGGCUUGGAGCUGCUUACCCUUCCCCAUGGCCGGCAGCUACGACUCGACUUGCUGGAAAGGUUCCACACCAUGUCCAUCAUGCUGGCCGUGGACAUCCUGGGCUGCACGGGCUCCGCCGAGGAGCGCGCCGCGCUGCUGCACAAGACCAUCCAGCUGGCGGCCGAGCUGCGGGGCACCAUGGGCAACAUGUUCAGCUUCGCUGCUGUCAUGGGCGCCCUGGAAAUGGCGCAGAUUUCCCGGCUGGAGCAGACGUGGGUGACCCUGCGCCAGCGGCACACGGAGGGCGCCAUCCUGUACGAGAAGAAGCUCAAGCCCUUCCUCAGGAGCCUCAAUGAAGGCAAAGAAAGUCCUCCGCUGAGCAACACCACGUUUCCGCACGUGCUGCCGCUCAUCACGCUGCUCGAGUGCGACGCGGCGCCGGCCGAGGGCCCCGAGCCGUGGGGCAGCACGGAGCACGGCGUGGAGGUGGUGCUGGCGCACCUGGAGGCGGCGCGCACCGUGGCGCAGCACGGCGGGCUGUACCACACCAACGCCGAGGUCAAGCUGCAGGGGUUCCAGGCGCGGCCCGAGCUCCUGGAGGUGUUCAGCACCGAGUUCCAGAUGCGCCUGCUCUGGGGCAGCCAGGGCGCCUGCCACAGCCAGGCCCGGCGCUACCAGAAGUUCGACAAGGUGCUCACCGCCCUGUCACACAAGCUGGAGCCCGCCGUGCGCGCCAGCGAGCUGUGACCGCAGGGUCCUAGCCCCUCUGCGGCUGCGGGCGGGGGCAGAGGGGCACCGACCUGCCCCGAGGACCCCAGGGACACUGUGAUCUGCCCAAGAAUGUUCCGGAGCUCAGCGCCAGGGUCGUGCGUGGACUCGGCCCCGGAGGGACAAGGUCGCCUGCCGCAGCCCCAGAGGCUCAGGCCCCUGCUCCCCCGGUCCCCGGCCCCUCCCCGCUGUACAGAAGCCUUGCCUGUAAAUAGUGUACAGAGCCGCGGGCGUUCUUUCAUACAAUAAACUUUUAUGACUCUU